AUGCCGUCACUAGCCCCAUUUUUAUUAUCUUCUUGUCGUUUAUUCUCGUUAAAACAAAGUAUUUACCGUAGUUUAUUAUUGAAUCACAAAUCACUGUUAAGAACAACAACAGUUGUCUAUCAACAACAAUCAUCUCAACAAAAUGAACAAUCAAAUCCCAUCAAAUCGAAACGACGUUCUCAUUAUUAUAUAUUUUCAAUUGCAGCUGGUGCACUUAUAGGUACAAUUUAUGCAUUACGUAAAGUACAUAAUCAUGAAGGAGCAUUACCAGAAUAUGUGGCAAAUUCAGAGUUACUUGAGCGUCACGCAAUGGAAAAACGUCCUGUACCACCACCGAUAACAAAACAUGUCACGUUUGAUCGUCCACCAUUAAAAGAAUUUCCAUAUAAAUUAACUUUAUAUCAAUAUAUUACGUGUCCAUUUUCUUGUAAAGUUCGAGCGUAUCUGAAUUACAAUCGUAUUCCGUAUGAUAUUGUUGAAGUCAAUAGUAUCCUACGUCGUGAAGUAAAAUGGUCGAGUUAUAAGAAAGUACCAGUAGUCGUUGUUGAAGAUGAAAAAUUACAAUUAAAUGAUUCAAGUUUAAUUUUAUCAGCAAUUGAAUCGUAUUUUCGUAUACCGACCAAAACUUUUAAGGAUAUUUCGUGUUUGUAUCCACCAGUUAUAGAAAAAGAGAAAAAUGGUAAACUACUAUUUAAUUAUCCAAAUAAAUAUUUUCUUACGGAACCAAUUGACAAUGCAAGAAGAGAUCCUAUUAAAUAUGUGCAACGUGAAAAAUCACGGCAAGAAGUUAGUGGUAUUAGAAAAUUUUUAGGUGGUCUCUUCUCAUCAAAUAAAACCGCCACAGAUACAUCCACUAUUGCACGAAGUGAGCAUGGCCUAAUAAAUGUUGGUAGUGGAGUUGUAGGUGGUGUCAAAGACGACAGUAAUGACUUAAUCUUACAGAAUCGAGAUGAUCAAAAUUCAAAUGAUCAAUUUAAAUUAGAAAGAAAAUGGCGUGAAUGGAUUGAUAAUACAUUUGUUCAUACACUUUCACCAAAUAUUUAUCAUACAAUAAAUGAAGCAAUAAACAGUUUUAGAUGGUUCAGUCAAGCUGGUGAGUGGGAACAAAUAUUUCCCUGGUAUGAACGAUUUUUUAUCACCUACAUUGGUGCUGUGGUUAUGUACGGCGUUAGUGGAAAAUUAAAACGAAAACAUAAUUUAAAACCGAAUGUUAGAGAAUCAUUGUACGAUUGUGCAAAUGAAUGGAUUGAAGCCGUAGGAAAUAAAAAGUUCUUAGGUGGUACACAACCCAACUUGGCUGAUAUUAGUUGCUAUGGUAUUUUAACAUCGAUACAAGGUACUCAAGCAUUUCAAGAUCUAUUGAAUAAUACGAAUAUUCAACCAUGGUUUGAAAGAAUGAAACAAUUAGUUGAACAACAAGGCAUCAUUUCUGAAAUGCCAAGAAGAUAA